UGUUGCCCGAUUUGUUCAGUUCAUUCAUUACGUGUCUAAAUAUCAUAAGUGCUACUUUAUUUUAUGAAGGUGAACACGGUCAGUAGCGAAUAGAAAAAACGUUCUUUCUCGAUCUGCACAAGUGAGGGUCAGGGAGAGCUUCUAUGCAGUCGAGCUCGUCACCGAAGUCAGCUGCUUCGAGUACGCUUCCACAAUAAGCUGAUUUUGAGCGCAUAUCUUUUUUGAUACAGACGUGUUUGUGUGUGUAAGUUGUCAGUGUCUAUUCUUUAUAUAGACUUGUAAAACUGAUAUUGUUUGGGAUGCGGAGUUUCAGAUAGGUGUGUCAGUUGUCAAAGAGUUGGCGUCUGCUAAAUAAAACGAAGAAUGGAAAAAUUUGUCUUUGUAGACAACACUCUAUUUUGGUUUGGUUGUCUUACUCCUGAGGUUAUACUGGAUAUAGGCGUUGUCAGGACUUCAUUUUUAGCCAGUUGUCCACUGUAGCUGCCGUUUCAUUAAUAGUUGACUAAAUCGUCGUAGGUAUAUGUGCGUAAUAUACUCUUACGCCCAGGGCAGAUUGAUUCUCUGAUGAGUGCUCAUAACAAUUGGUUCUAAAAGUAUUCUCAAUCUACGUCAGCAAUAUGGCGAUAUCAAAAAACGAUCUAACUCAUACGUGCGUUAUUAGCAAGAUGACUUGAACGGCGGUGCGAAAAAAUAAAUAUUAAUAAAUGUAUAAUCUAGUAAACUAACGUUAAAAGCUUUCCACCGUUAGGAUUUCAACGGUUUUGCGAAAUAAUUAAUAUGUAUUUUAUGUGGUAACAAAUGUAGAAAAAGAAUAAAUAUGGUUGUCACCAGCUACCCUAGAAACGGCAUCCAGGAUCCGGUUACAUCUCAUAGCGUUGGGCCGAUUGGAACCGGUCGAUCAGGGAUACUCAGCAGGACUCAACUCUACACAUGUGUACGUCCUCCCACAUUUGUUAGACAGGUUAUGUUUAACCCAGUCUUGACACCCUACCAGUGUGGUAUCUGUCUCACAUUCUACACAAGCCAAGCGGACAAUCUCGAGCGACACAUUGGAGAAACUCAUCGACUCAUUGAAGAUUCAUCGAAUAGACAGGUGGCGAGCCAUCCAUCAGCCCAGUCGGCCCAGUCUCAAGCGCUGUUUGUGCCGAAUGUUUCACAGCUUCAACAAGAACUAAAUGGAAGUCGUUACGUUACUUACCAAAAUCCUUGGAUGGCCACGCUCAGGAGUACUGCAGUUCGUGCUAGGACUGGAUUUGCAUCUCAUCCAACCUACACAUACAACAUCCACGGAAGCCAGCCAUCCCCUGGCACCGUCUUUACACAGUCCCAGGUUUCUCCAACGCUCCCACAGCCCACGAAUCGCCUGCACCACAGGACCAUGGCGGUAGCGGCUCCAAUGCCCGCAAUAAUAACCACGGGAAAUUGCUUCCUCACUGGGGUGGCCCAGGUCUUUGGCGGUCGUGGUACGACCCGUGGAACAGAUGGAACAAAUCCAGGUGUGAAAAGGCGUCGAUCUUAUCCCGACCUCAAGCCGCCUUUUGAGCGCAAUAGUGGCAGAAUGCUCGACCCUAGUGAGACGACAGAAAGCACUGCUAGGAUAGCGUCAGCAGGGACUCUGCAGCAGGACAACGAAAUGGUGAUGUUCGAGCAGCCAGAUCCAAGACCGGGACAACUAAUAGCCGCUGCCACUGUACCGUCGACGUGCAGAGAUUCUGAGUUCAGCCACUCGCAAGAUACGGGUGCAGAGUUAACGGGCCUGACUACUGCUUCUGUCGCAGCCAAAGGCACGAGCCUUGGCACCAUUACUCAGCAUUCUCCUGCGAACCUCACGAACUCCACGGGUGGCAAUCGAACCGACGCCACAAUCGAACACCAAAAUAAAUCCAAACAAGCAAGCGAUACUUUCGGGGGCGAAAAAAUCUACCCAGAGGGGCCGGAAGAACAUCAUUUGCCCCGCGAGCGACUCAGUGAACCUCGUGCGGACACCAGCUGUUUGUCGGUUGUAGGACAGGACUCAAUUGCCGACCAAACGAUGGAUCCCAAGGAUCAACACGUGUUAUCCUUGAAAGGAAAAGUUUCUAAGAUGAUAACCGAUGCAGUUGCUUCUACAUACGCCUCAAUGAUCGCCUUUUGCGCCGACGAGGAUAGGCUGAGAUUGACGCAGUAUUCUACCUUAGAGGCUCACCGAUUGGGUCUUGAAAAUGGACCUACUUCGAACGUACCGGACUCUGAGACAGCUCUAUUCAUUCCCGACGAAAACUCGGGAACUUCUCCCUCUUUGGCUCAGACGGAUGGCGCCCCGUUUGAGGCCCCUUCAGAACCUUUUCAGGCUAGCAAUCAAGGUUCUCGAAAGCUACUUCAUGAAGUUGAUGAAAAUUCAAAAGGACUCCUUCAAGAAGAUGAGGAAAUUUCUACACCUCAGCGCGGUAAAAUCGAUGCCAGUCGCAACGGUUCUUUGGUCUUAACAACAGCACAAAAUGAUCAGGCAAAAAGGAAAUCUAUGUUUCUCCAAACGUGUAGAACGUGCUAUACCUUACAGCAGCACAGCAUAGUGGUAUUUUGAACAUAUUGAUCUGAAUAUGCUAGACGGGAUUUUACGUGAAUUACGGAGAGACAAUACUUGAGCAUCUAGGCUACGAUUGUCCAUGAAUGAGUUUAAUAAAGAAAAAAAAGUGCCGGCUAUCGGU